AUGGGGUACUUCCUACCAUCGUUCUUUCAGAAGCGGCUGCUCAAGUACGCCCUCUCCCGCGCCGGGCUGGUGGACACCGAGGCGCUGGACCUGGACAACUUGGGCAUCCGCUGGGGACAAAGAAGUACAGUCGAGUUAAGAGACGUCGGGUUAAAAGCAGAGAAACUAGCGACACUUUUGAAUCUUCCUUCCUCGUGUGAACUGCUCGGUGCUCGAAUCCAGCUCCUUCGAAUAACCAUACCGGCCGAUAUCUACAGCAGCGGGGUCAUUUGUGAGGCGAGCGGUAUUGACGUGCAUAUUCGAUUAUCGUCAGACGAGUCGAUUCUAGGGAAACAUGAGAAGGAGAGAGGUUCUAAGUCUGCAUCGGCCGUGGUGCCUACAGCGACUGAUCUGGCGCAGUCGUUCCUUGAGUCGGAGCCGAAGGAGGAGCGGGAUGAGUUGAAGGCUGCUAUAUCGUCACAGUCUCAGGUUCUAUCGCACGAUCCAUUGGCUUAUGGCGCCGAUGACGAGGAGGAUGAGCUUGGACUUGGAAGCGAGACGACGUCGUUGCCGAGCUUUGUCGCCGGGUUUGUCAAGGGUGUGAUGGAUCGGUUACAACUCUCGAUCAAGAAUGUCGCUGUGCGAGUGGAUAUGGAGCUAAAGCAGGAUGGGAUGUCCAAAAGGCAGCCAGAAGACAAACCGGACCUUGUUGCGGGUCUGUUGAGCGUCGGGGAGAUUGAUGUCCACGGGGUAUCCGAGACAACAACCACUGCGGAGGAGGGACUCCCUUCCCGAGAAGGAAAGCGACUCAUCUCAAUCGUGGACAUAAAUGUGGGCUUGAUUUCGGACCCGAUGGUAUUUUCGAAUUACUCCCGGUUUGCGGCUCCUCCAUCGCCAACGACGACACGUUCAAAGGAGAGUCAGCCAUCAAGCAGAGCCCCAUCACCUCCUUUACUGGAUCAUUCGGACCCGGAACCUCUCUCCAUGACACAGUCAACUAUAUUCGAGCCACCGCAAGACCUUUACCGUUCAAAUGUUACCGGGCAUAGCUUGGGAGCAUCUACCUUCUCUCAUGGCCGUUUCUCAGAUGCGGAUUCCGAAGGAAGCUAUCAUGGUGGGUAUCCCGAAGACUCCCAGGUCUUUGGAGAUGAUCCAUUCCAAGACAACCCGGGGUAUCUAGACUCGGUGAUUGACAAUCAAUUUGAUGACUUUGAUGACGGACAGUCACCAUUUAUACAACCACGCGAGGAUGCACUCGCUGAAAGUGAAAGAAGCGACUCGUUGCCCAAUCCGGCAAGCAUGAGUCUGAGAUAUGAUGCUGAACAGUAUUCACAAGCUUCACUUCGACCCGAGAGUCUCCAUGUGCGCCACUUUUACGACUCGCAUCAGAGCCAGACCGGCUCCGAACCUCACGAAGCAGUGCAGCCCAUGCACAACCUCAAUGAUUACGACGACAAUGAAUAUAAUGAAAGAUCUCAUAUUAGCGCAGCGCUACAACCUUCUUAUACAUCUUCUCCAACCUCGGAGCGUGGCAGUACAGGUUCGCAAGACGUCACCCCCAAUGCCGAACUUCUCGAGUCUAAGUACUUCUCUCAUGAUGAAGCGCAAAGCCUCUAUAUGAGUGCCAUUAGCCAGGAACCUAGCAGACAAGAGCCAAGUGAGAGUUUCAUGCCGAACAUGCCUGGAGCAUGGGAAUCGUUCAACUCUGCAGGAAACAAGAGCAGCGCAUCUGGUUAUCACUCUAUGAAUAUCGCACAGGAAGAUACAAAAUCCAGCCAAAAGCCGAAAGAUGGAGAUACCCCCAAAAUCGCAGCUCCAUCGCAGGAAUACUUUGUUGAUCAAACUGGGGACAACCAAGAGCAGAACUUUGUGCAUCGAGAUAGGGCAUCAACUCCAUCAUCGCCUGACAUCCACAGGAUCAAUGAAACGAACAAGCCAAUCUUCAGUCUUGACAAAAUUUUGGUCUGGGUACCAUCUACUCUCUCUCCGCCCGAGGAAGAAGUGCCCAGCUAUCCUUCAUCUACCCCAUCAAGACAUAGAGCAGACAGUGACUUGGAAGAUUCUACUGUCAGCUUUCGGGAUUCUGCGGUUGAAGAUAGCCUGCUCGCCUUCAAAACUUAUGCUUCCACCAGGUUUGAGCGAGUUUCAUCUGAGUCCCCUGCGUCUGGAAAAAAUCCUCAGAUCCCAGAGCCACACCAGUCAAGCUCUAGCAUUAGUCUACAUGAAAUUGCUGUUGAAGUGUUUUCAGCCUCCGUGCACUUCGACAUUGCAACCGGCUGGCUUCUAACCAAGAUAGGGCAAAAGGUUCUGCGUGCUUUCUGCCCGGCUGAAAAAGACCUUUGUGAAAAGCAAUUGCCCAAGGACGAACCGUCGUUCACACCGCCUCUACAUCUUUUCGUUCAUAAUAUCUCAGUGAAGUUUCUUGAGCAUGUCACGGGACAUGCCCAUUCACCCAGGGGCACCGGCUCGCCUCUGCAGCCUCCGUAUAGCAUGGAAGAUGUAAUACUUCGUGUCACGGCAUCUGGUCUGAAUGGUCAAAUUUCGUCUCAAAACACUACCCUAAAGUUGAAACUUGAAUUGUCGAAGUUUGCCUUCGGAUUUGCUUCUGAAGAUCUCAUCUCCUUCAACGAGACAUUAAAGAUGCGCGAAUCUACUCGUGAUACUGCGGCAUCUUCAGGCGACAUCUCUAUUUCCUUGGUCAAGUCACCAAACCUGACCAAAGUCGAUAUCUCUACGCUGCCGCUCCAUGUAAAUCUCAAUGUGCAGUACCUUGAAGAGGUCUUGGGAUGGAUGGGUGGUCUCAGUACCAUUCUUGAGCUCGGAAGUUCUAUAUCAUCGGUUUCCACAGUCAAGGGCGGCCAGCCACCUCCCAAGAAACGUGGCGUGCAUUUCGAAACUUCUGCGCCUGCCCACGACAAAGCUAAGAACGAUUCACCGUUGUGGAAGGUCAAUGCUAGAGUCGGUGGCAUAUUGCUAGACCUUAUCGGAGAGACGCAUUGUCUCCAACUCACCACUACUGCAGUCAAAGUCGUUAGCAGGUUUGAAGGUAUUGGCAUUCAAAUCGACAAGGCAAAUCUGCUCGGUCCGCUUCUUCUUGACGACUCAGCGGACGCUCCGGCCAAGAUAACACUGAACAACAUUCGCGUUGAGUUCCUGUUUGCGCCCAAGGAGCCUGAUCUCGAUCGUCUUUUGAAGUUGAUUACCCCGUCAAAGGAUAAAUACGAGGAAGAAGACGAUAUCAUGUUGGAUACUUUGCUGCGACAGCGACGACAAGGCUCUGUUCUUCGUGUCACGGUGACAGGAGUUAAGGCUGUAAUCUCAGAUAUCAGUGGAUUAGAGCCCCUUUCAUCCCUCGGCAUUGAGCUGAGCCGGCUUUCGAAUGUCACCAAAUACCUACCGGAGGAUGACAGUCCUGGCAUUCUUACCCUCGUGUUAAUCCGCGAAUUAGAUAGCCACGUCCAUAUUGGCGGCGAGGUCGGGGACAUCAACAGUCACCUUACUGACGCCGAGGUGGCAAUCAUUACUAUGCCCUCACUUACUGCGGCUCAAGUCGGAAAAAUCACCGUGAAGCGGAAUGACGACGAAGAACUGGUGGGAGAGGCACUGUGGCCACCGAGCAAAUUUGGGACGGCACUGAAAACUCGACCACCGGUUCUCAUGGCUCGUUUCAUACCUGAUGAGAUGGAUCCCACCUACCGUAUCAAAUUGCAUAACUUCCUUGUCGAGUACAAGAUCCCAGCUGUCACAGCAUUCCUCGGACUCGGCAAUGAUAAGACAAGUGGAGACUUGGCCAGUGAUAUGGCCAACUCUAUUGCCAAUCUUGCGGAGCAUUCCCUGCCGUCGCCAAUGUCGGGGUCACCAAGGACUUCCGAUAAAUCCAAGUCUCCAGCAAAGCCACUCAAGCUGUCGGUUGUUUUCAGAGAUUGCGUCCUUGGCCUGAACCCUCGCAAUUCACCUGCCAAGGGUCUUGCUGUUCUCACCAACGCCAAAUUCGGAGGUAGCAUGCACGGGGAGAUAUCUGCCGAGGCAUCGUUGGAUAUCAGAAAGGCAUCCGUGAUGAUCAUUGAUGAUGUAUCCAACAACAACAAUGCUGGUAAUCUACAUCAACGUGACUCUGCUGUCCCCCAAAGCAGUCAAGCCCAGGCAUAUAUAGACAAUGGCUACGUUCCUGUUUCGUCUAUUUCAUCAGCAACAGCUGGCGUGAAGCUGGCUCGCCUUGGCGAGGAUGAGACCAAGUCUCUGGAUGUUGAGCUGAGAGACGAUCUCUUAAUUCUGGAGACGUGUGCGGAUUCAACUCAGACGCUCCUCAGUAUUAUCAAUGGACUUCAGCCUCCAACACCACCCAAUGUCAAUGUCAAGUAUCGAACAGAAGUCAUGCCUAUUCAAGACAUGUUUGCUUCGUUUACCGGGGAUGCUUUCGCUGCUGAUCCUCUUCCUGAUAGUGACCGGGAUGACUUGACAAUGGACUCUGAAGAGCUAUACAAGGAAGAUGAGCUACAUGAUGAGAUUGAAUAUGUCAGCGAUUUCUAUCCAGUUAGGCGGGACUUUGCUGUUGGCACCGGUGGAAAUAUGGAGACGAGUUCACAUGAGCUUCUGGAUAGCUUCCAUUCUCAAUACCAAGUAUCUUCGAGCAUUGGGGAAUUGGACUUCCAAGACGACCACUUUGCAAAGCAAUCCGCUGUCGGUGGAACUGCGCAUCGAUGGGACUCCACCCAGAAUACAUACGGUCUUUCCAACGACACCAGGCUCCAGCGGAGUCCAUUGCGAGUGAGAGUGCGAGAUGUGCAUGUCAUCUGGAAUCUCUUUGAUGGAUAUGACUGGCAACGAACCAGAGACACAAUCUCCAAAGCUGUCAAAGAUGUGGAGACCAAGGCUACAGAGCGGCGUGCCAGGGGUUCUCGAGUGUCACCUUCAGCAGAAGAUGAAGAGGAAUCUGUCAUUGGAGACUUCCUCUUCAAUUCAAUUUAUAUUGGCAUUCCUGCAAACAAGGAUCCACGGGAGCUUCACCGCGAGAUCAAUAACGACAUUGAUGAUUUGACAAGCGAGACUGGCAGUUAUGCAACCUCCACUACCAUCACUGGUGCCUCCAACCGCCAGGGUCGGUCGACAUCUAAGAGGGAGAAAAAGCUGCGUCUGCACCGGAGCAAACACCACAAGAUGACGUUCGAGUUGAAGGGUGUCUGUGCCGAUCUAGUUCUCUUCCCGCCAGAUUCAGAAGAAACUCAGAGUUCGCUGGAUGUACGGGUUAAGGACCUGGAGAUCUAUGACCAUGUUCCGACUUCUACGUGGAAGAAAUUCGCCACAUACAUGCAUGAGGCCGGGGAGAAAGAGAGUGGAACGAGCAUGGUUCACCUUGAAAUUUUGACCGUGAAGCCAAUUCCUGAGCUAGCUGCGUCUGAAAUCGUUCUAAAAGCCACCGUUCUUCCACUCCGAUUGCAUGUCGACCAAGACGCCCUCGACUUCAUGAGUCGAUUCUUUGAGUUCAGAGAUGAAACCCUCGAACAGACCAGCACACCUGGCGACGUUCCAUUCCUCCAGCGAGUCGAAGUCAACGCUGUGCAAGUCAAACUAGACUUCAAGCCCAAGCGGGUUGACUACGCGGGUCUCCGAUCCGGCCGCACAACCGAGUUCAUGAACUUCUUUGUGUUAGACGGCGCCGACAUGGUUCUACGACAUGUAAUAAUUUACGGAAUCUCCGGUUUCGACCGAAUGGGCCAAACUCUAAACGAUAUCUGGAUGCCAGACGUGAAACAGAAUCAACUACCAGGCGUGCUAGCCGGCCUCGCCCCAAUCCGGUCCUUGGUCAACGUCGGCAGCGGCGUCCGCGACCUAGUCGUGGUCCCAAUGCGCGAGUACAGAAAAGACGGCCGAAUAGUGCGCAGUUUCCAAAAGGGCGCGUUAGCCUUCGCCAAGACAACCUCCAAUGAGUUGGUCAAGCUCGGCGCAAAACUAGCCAUCGGCACCCAGACCGUCCUUCAAGGCGCCGAAGACCUCCUCACGACCCCAACCGCACCAACGGAAGACGACAACACAGACGAAGACGAAGCCAAGAACAUAUCCCUGUACGCAGACCAACCGGUCGGAGUGGUACAAGGCCUGCGCGGAGCAUUCAGCGGUCUCGAGCGCGAUCUACUGCUUGCGCGCGACGCCAUUGUCGCCGUACCGGGCGAAGUAGUCGAGAGCGGCAGCGCAAAGGCGGCAGCAAAGGCAGUCUGGAAACGGGCGCCGACAGUCAUCCUCCGGCCGGCAAUCGGCGUUUCCAAGGCUGUGGGACAGACUCUGCUUGGUGCUGGGAAUACUUUGGAUCCGAGUAACCGGCGCAAAAUGGAAGAUAAGUAUAAACGUCACUGA